GUAAUCCUUACUAUUGAUAAUCCAAAAUAUCCAUUGAUUGAUGAUCCUAAUCUGAGUAAGAUAGAUAGACAAUUUAAUCUUCACCGAUAUUUUUGGCAAAGUUAUUCCUCUUCUAUUGAUGAAUCAGCUUUGGAUGGCGCAAAAAUUCUUGAUGUUGGGACUAUGGGAGAUCUAUGGACAGCACAUAUAAAAAAAGAACAUCCUUCGGCCGAUGUCACGACCAUUAACAUACCUGAAUUUCCCACUGAUCUCUCAACUGCAACAUUCGACGAAGUUAAAGCCGUUCUAAAGGGAUUGCCAUAUAAUGAAAAUACUUUUGAUCUUGUUCAUCAAAGAUUUAGAUCCAGCGCUUCAUUUACUGAACAACAAUUAAAAGAACAAGUCAUAAACGAUUAUAUCAGGGUCCUUAAACCCGGUGGUUGGAUUGAAUUCACGGAUUUUGACCAAGAACUUAUCAAUUCUGGAGAAGCUUAUAAAAAAAUUCAAAAAGCCAGAGGAUUCAAUCCUUCCCCAAGUUCAUUUCUUACCAAAUUUAUUGAAUCGCACAAGGAUUUGACCAAUUUCAAGUUCAUAGAACAUAAAUAUCCAAUUGGUAAAUGGGGAGGCGUUCUUGGUAAAGUGACAAUUAUGCAAUGGGAGGUGAUUCUUAAAGAUUAUUCUUCAGCUUUGAAGUGUGCAUUGAAUCUCUCUGAUGAAGAAUAUUCUGAUUUGUUGACAAAAUUUGUCAACGAAGUUGAAGAACAAAAAUCAUGUUGGAGCACAACUUCUAUAUUAAUUCGUACUUUUCAUACCUCGCGACCUACCUUUAGGGUGAUAAUCAGACAACCUUUAAGAACUAAAGAAGCAUUAACAUUUAAACAAAUUAUUCGUGAAUAUACAAAACCUUCAUUUAAAAUUUCAAAAGAUGUAACUAAACAACAAUCUCCAUCACCAUUACCAACAAAUCCUGUUUCUCGACCUCCUGCUGCCACCGAUACAAUUUCAAAAUCAGCAUUACAAUCAUCUGCUGAUUGGCAUAUUAUAAAAAAUUUGACAAGGUAUAUAUGGCCAAAGGAUAAUUUAUCUAUUAAAAUCCGUGUUGUUAUGGCAUUAUCUUUGUUAGUAGGCGGAAAGAUUUUAAAUGUUCAAGUUCCAUUCUUGUUCAAAAAUAUUAUUGAUUCUCUAAAUAUGGAUGCAAGUCAAUUUGGAACAGUUUGGACAGUUGCUGGUGCAAUGAUUAUUGGCUAUGGCUUGGCAAGGGGUUGCGGGACACUUUCUCAGGAACUUCGUAAUGCAAUAUUUGCCAACGUGGCUCAAAAAGCAAUUAGACAAGUAGCAAAGAAUGUGUUUUAUCAUUUGCAUCGAUUGGAUUUAAAUUUCCAUUUAUCAAGACAAACAGGAGGAUUAAGUAGAGCCAUUGAUCGCGGAACAAAAGGAAUAAGUUUUUUGCUUUCUUCGAUUGUUUUUCACGUUUUGCCGACUGCGUUUGAGAUUUCUGUAGUUUGUGGAAUUUUGUCAUAUAAAUUUGGAACAGACUUUGCAGCAGUUGCAGCUACAGCAAUGGCAACUUAUACUUUUUUUACUAUUAAAACAACUUCAUGGCGAACAAAAUUCAGAAAAGAGGCAAAUAAAGCUGAUAACGAAGCAGCGACAGUAGCAGUUGAUUCAUUGCUCAAUUAUGAGGCCGUCAAAUAUUUUAAUAAUGAAAAUUUUGAAACUGAACAAUAUGACAAAGCUUUACAUAAAUAUGAGAAAGCAUCUUUAAAAAUUGCAACUUCCUUAGCAUUCCUAAACUCUGGGCAAAAUUUUAUAUUUAGUAGUGCUCUUACUGGGAUGAUGUUUUUGGCAGCAAAUGGUAUCAUCGAAGGAACAUUGACUAUUGGUGAAUUAGUAAUGGUUAAUCAACUUCUAUUUCAAUUAUCGUUACCUUUAAAUUUUCUUGGCUCAGUCUACAGAGAGUUAAGACAAAGUUUGAUUGAUAUGGAUGUUAUGUUUAAUUUACAACAAUUGAAUGUGACAAUCAAGGAUUCGCCUCAUUCAAAACCUUUAGUUUUUAAAGGUGGAGAAAUUAGAUUCGAAAAUGUGGUAUUUGGCUAUCAUUCUGACCGUCCGAUUUUUAAGGGAGUGAAUUUCGUAGUACCUUCAGGCAAAAAAAUUGCAAUUGUAGGACCAAGUGGAUCCGGAAAAUCAAGUAUUUUGAGAUUAUUAUUUCGUUUUUAUGAUCCACAAAAUGGCAAUAUUUAUAUAGAUGGACAAAAUAUCAAGGAUAUUAAAUUGGAAAGUUUAAGAUCAAAUAUUGGCGUGGUUCCUCAGGAGACAUCACUUUUCAAUAAUACUAUUUAUUAUAAUAUUGCAUAUGGAAAUAUAAAAGCAACCAGUGAUAUGAUAGAAAAUGCAGCAAAACGUGCAAAUAUACAUGAUGUGAUAAUGACAUUACCAGAUAAAUAUGACACACGUGUUGGGGAGCGUGGUUUGAUGCUUUCUGGUGGCGAGAAACAAAGAAUAUCAUUGGCAAGGACAAUAUUAAAAAAUCCACCAAUUUUGUUUUUUGAUGAAGCUACAUCUGCGCUUGAUACACAUACUGAACAAUCGCUUUUAGAAAAUAUACGAAGCAUUCUUCGAGGAAGUCAGAAAACAAGUGUAUUUGUUGCACAUAGAUUAAGAACUAUUAUUGACGCAGAUGAAAUUAUUGUAUUAAAAGAUGGCGUAAUAAAGGAACGUGGAUCUCAUGAUAAACUUAUUCAAAAAGAAGAUGGAAUUUAUAGAGACAUGUGGUUUACCCAAGAAAAGACAUCAACUAAUUAA